AUGGCCCACGCAGAUCAUACCCGAGACCCCUGUCCAUGGGUAAUUCUCUCCGACUUCGGCAGUGCAUUUGCGAUGGGCGCAGUUGGCGGGACGAUUUGGCAUGGCAUCAAGGGUGCUCGUAAUUCGCCACGGGGCGACCGCCUGGUGGGAGCCGCAUCUGUUAUCAAAGCCCGAGCACCUGUGAUUGGCGGAAAUUUCGGUGUUUGGGGUGGUCUGUUCUCAACAUUUGAUUGUUCCAUGAAGAGUUGGCGACAAAAAGAGGACAUGUGGAACCCAAUCAUAUCCGGGUUCUUGACUGGGGGUUGUCUAGCAGCACGAAGCGGCCCUCGCAAUGCUCUCGGUUCCGCGAUUGCCUGUGGUAUCCUUCUUAGUGUAUUUGAGGGUGUCGGCGUUCUUGUUUCUCGCGUUUUCAAUGAUGCCACGCGACCUCAGCUUCCACCAAUACCCGAAACCAUGCAAGCUCAGCCUUCAUGA